CGACGCCCGGCGCCGACGUCGUUUUUAAAGCGUCGGCGGUGUCAGAGUAAUCUCACCAAUCCUAGGGCUCAUAAGUAAAAAAGAUCGUUACAAUAAUCAACCCUCUCAGACGCUGGUUUGUCAUAAAGAUGAGCUUCUGAAAAGUCUGUAGAGAAAGCAAUAAAGGGCGAUAAAUUUUAAAGGAAACAAAAAAUUCAAAGAAAUAAGUAAAAUGUAUUAAGUUAUCAAUAUAAAUGAACAGACCGUUGCCCUGACCGGAAUAAUCUUUGCGUUGUUAUUAUUAAUUUAUUAGAAUUUUAUUUCGUAUAACGGAUAAUUAUUAUUAUAAUUGAGUUGUUUUUUUUUUUUUUUUUUUUUUUUUUAUUGUUUUUGAAAUGGGCACGGCUGUCCGUGAUUUUGAUCGAGAUAGAGAAUGCGAACAGUGUAGAAUCUGUGCAAACAACGUUUCGAAGGAUGAAGGGGUGUAUAUUUUUUCUGAGGAAAGCAGACGACACUAUCUGCAAGCAAAAAUACGCAAAUAUUUAUACGUGUUGGUAUCCUCCGAUGAUAAGUUGCCACAGAUCGUUUGUUCGACAUGUACGAAAAGAUUGGAUGGCAUUCAUCGGUUUGCAACAAUGGCGCAUCGAACACAGGAAAAGCUAAGAUUACAACUAUCGGAUAUAUUGGAGAAUGUAAGGGAAACGGAUGAAAUGACAGAAGAGAAAAUCAGAAAUAAUCCAGAGGUAACCAGAAGGAUGGAAGAUCGAGGAUUGCUGCAUUCAAUCCUCACUAAAGUGCGUUUGCCAGAAGGUGCUAUAGAAAUAUUGGCAGAAGGUGAACCGCUCGAGUCAGUUUCUGUGUCAUCCCAUGAAGACAGCGAACAUACUCAAAGUAUGGAAGAAAUGGAAGUCAAAGUUGAUCCCAUGUUAUUCUUGCAAUGCGCAUUAGAACAAUCUGGGUCCGAUAUGUCUGAUGUAUCGGAUAAUGAAGACAAAGUAUCUAGAACGUCAUCACCUGAGCCAUCGUCAGUUAUGCACAAGAAUAUCGAAAUAAAACAAGAACCACCCUGUUAUGACACUGAGCCAUUUGAAUUAACGGAGACUGACGAAGAUGUAUUGAACAACAGCACAAAACCCUACGAAUGUACAAUAUGUGCUCGAUCCUUCAUAUCUCAAAUUGGACUGCAAAACCAUUUGUGGUCACACUUACCCAGAGAUCAUAGAUUUGACGGGAAACCUAUACUGAGGUCACAACAGGUGUUUUCUACAAAUGGCGUGCUACAUACAAAUUCAGAUAACAAUUCGACUGGAAAUUUUAUAUGCCCAAUUUGUAGCAAACGGAUAUCAACAAAAGGAAAUUUGAAAGUACAUCUGGAAACACACCGGCCUAAGGGGAAGUACGGCUGUGAUAUAUGUGGCAGAAUCUUUAAAACACAGUCCAAUUUAUUCCGUCACAAAGAGUAUCAUGGAGGUAUUCAAUUUCCGUGCAAUGUUUGCGGCAGAGUAUAUCCAACAAAUUCUACACUGCGUGCACACAGUAUAACUCAUUCGGAUCUGAGACCCCAUGCUUGUCCGUUAUGUGACAAAACGUUCAAGAGAAAUCAAGACCUGAAGUUCCAUAUAAAUCAACACACCGGAGCCAGGCCAUACCAAUGUCCGUAUUGUCCGAAGGCAUUCGCAAGCUCUGGAAAUUGUUUUUCUCAUCGAAAACGAAUGCAUCCACGAGAAGUUCAUCGAGAUCGGCAAAGAGCAGCAGAUUUAAUGAGAUGAACCUCGGAGAGCGAAUUCGAAGAAUGGGUUUAAUGAGGAGUUAAUGACAAUGCAACACUUCUAUGGGCGCUUCCUUAAAGUGCAACACCUAUGCUUGAAAAGCAGAGUACCACAUGGUCGUGCCUGUAAGGAGAAUUCAAAUUUAUGAUUAAGAAAUUUGAUUGCAUAGAAUAUAAUGAGAUCAUGAAUGCAGUGUAAGGUAGAUUCUAGUCAUCAUGUUUGAAAUGAAAUUUAUACACAUAGGUAUGUAGGUAGUCGAAGAUAUAUGAUACAGUAUUUUGUCUAUGUGUAGGAUUAAGCCAAGUCGAGUAGGUCAAGUAGCGUAGAAGGAACAAAAAAAGUGAUUUUAUACAACGUACGAAAACUAUGCAUGUAUAAAGAAUUGUCGAAAGCUAUUUUCUAGUUUGCGACAGUUUAAUACAAAGCAUAUAUGUAGAUAUGUCAUUCAGUGUUAAGACUGUAUACGAAAAGUGUGUGUCAAAUUAGAUGAAAUAAGAGUGUAGGUAGUUAGCGUCUAAGAUACUUUAAUUCCAUGUCAUGAAAAAUAUAUUUAGACACGUAUAUUGAUAGUAUUAUAACUUAAGAAAGGAAUUAAAGGGCCUACUUAGAAUCGUAUUGCAGUUCGUAUCAUUAUUCUUACAAGAAAAAUUAAUAUUAAUAAAUGUUAAAUGAAGUCUGAAUAGUGUUAGGAAACCAAUUUUUGACUAGAUAUUUGUGUACUGUAGAAAUAUAGAUCAUAUAGAACGUGCUUCCGUGCAAUAUACCCUAGGGUGUUUUUUAAAUCCUAAUUUUUUUUAUCUUCUUCUACAAUUUAUUAUAGGUUUAGUUUGCCGCUCUACAAUAUCAAAGUCAAAAGACGUCGAAAAGACAGUGAAAAGAAUCCAAUAUCCGAAAACUUGUCGUUUCCGUAAGCUUCCAAAAUUUUUAGACCUCGGAUGUUGUUUUUGAUGCAGUUUGAUGAUGUCUUUUAAUUCAAAAGUUUUAUUCAGUGAGAGUACAGAAACCACUUUUCAGUAAGAGAAGACAUUUGCACCUCUUCUUAAAAUAUCUGCAAUAAAUAUAUGUAUAAAACUACUAAACACGUAGCCAAGAUAAUUUGCAGUGACUAAUAAUUGAUGAAACCGAUUCGUAAUCUUACAUUAAUCUGAUUGCUAAAUAGUGCCAUACUAGCCAAUUGAUUAUGUGGCUAAUGCGACGUUCUAAUAUAGUUUAAAUAAAAAUACGUAUCUACACAUUUGCAAAUACUUUUUACACACGAUGAAUUUGCCAAAAAUCUAACAGUUUUGAAAAGUGGAUGGAUUGAAAAGAAAUUUGAGAAUUUUGUAAGCAAUGAUGAAAAGUACUUUGAAAUUUACCACUAAUCAACCAGCGUUCAGUGUGAUUUAAUCAAUUUUGGCACAUCUUGAAUUGGUCAAAAUUUCGGUACGAUUAAUUGGAAAUACUGUAAACGAGCAUAUAAAUAUUUUACAAAAAUAAGCUUCACACCGUUGGCACUUACAAUUAAUCAAUCGGAAAGACAGGGAUUUUAUCUUCUGAGUAAUGUAAGAACGAAAUGUGAUAAAUAUACAAAUUUUGGUAUACGCUGCAUGAUUUUCCGAUUUUUAAGAUUGUUCGUCUGAUGAAUUUAAAGAUAGCAUUGAGGACUAUUUUAAUACCUUAAUUAAAAUAGUGCGUGAAUUGCCGAUCCGUUCCACGUAUAACUCACGUGAAUUGACAUUAUAUUAUUAAAACCGAAUAUAGAACUGUAAAAUCAACGUGUACCACAGCAAAAUUAUACACUGAGUAUCCAUACAAAAAUAAAUCAUA